AUGGGGUUGUUCUAUUCGAGCGGAUGUCUGGCGGCAGGGGUCUCGGGCUCGUUGGCCUACGCCUUCACCCGCCUCGACGGCGCCCUCGGACUCCCCGGAUGGGCGUUCAUCGAUCAUUCUAACCUGCUCAAUCUUUCUUUUCUGGAAAUCAAAACAAACUCUGGGCAUCGAAAGAUCGAGGGGAGCUUGACCAUCGUCGCUGGCACGGUGGGCUUUCUGUGGUUUCCUUCAUCGCCUGAAGACGCCCAUUUUCUGACGGCUGACGAGAAACGGGCUGUCUCUGAGCGACUGGAGAAGGAUCGUAGUCCGGUCACCGACGCCGGGUUGUUGGAUGCCAAGCCGUUCAGGUCGUCCGGCUUCCAGAUCUGGAAGGCCAUCCGCAGUCCACACGUAGUCUUGUGUUGUCUGGCGUUCUUCUUCGCUGGAACUAAUCUCGCCAGUAUCAUCCACUUCCAGUCAAGCAUAUUGAAUUCACUUGGACAUGGGCCAUCGGUCGCACAGACGUUAUCGAUUCCACCCUACACGCUAGGGGUGGUGACGGUCCUACUUACGUCGUAUCUAUCGGACCGACACCGAUCCCGAGCGAUGGCCUCGGUGGUCUCAGGGGGGGUCUCAGCGGUAGGCUAUUCGAUCCUCUAUGUCUCCGAGGAGGGCAGUCUGAAGUACGGCGCCCUGUUCCUGAUCGUCAUGGGCGCCUACGCCACGAUCCCCUGUCUGGCGGCCUGGAUGAGCAGCAAUAGCGAACCCUAUGCGCGCAAGGCUACUAGCUUGGCUCUCGGACCAAUCGCCGCAAAUCUGGGCGCAUUGAUCAGCUCUCUGCUGUUCCCAAAUACCGACCAGCCCAAUUUUUCGGUUGCAGUCAUGGUCAAUAUCGUCUUCGCGAUGCUGAUCAUCGUGAGCUGUCUGGCGAAUCUGGGCUACUUGACAUACGUCGAGGCGGUGAAGAUCCAUCGCCGAGACGAGGUCCUGCAACACUAUGCCCUGAACGACCAGGCCGUCGACCCCAGCGUCCAAGAGCUGCUCUACCUCAACGGCUGGGAAUAUCUCGGCGACAGACACCCCGACUUCAAAUACUCCUUCUAG